UUGUAUUAUAUGCCUUUUGUUAAACUGUCACAGCCAUGAUCCCCGACUAAUGAGGUACGUGACAUGUAGUAAGUGACUUAGCCCUACGUCACGGUGGACUCUAACCACUUGAAUAAUUGACAGACGUAGCUCCGCCCCCUGCACCAACAUCGUCAAACGGGCACGGAGUACGUGUUUAGUGGUAGUACAUCUAUCCCGUAGACGUAUUUUCUGUUUCUAUUGUCAUGUAGUUGUAGUUGAGAACACACUGCUUAUGAUCGUCCAUUCCCGCGCUUUUGACGAGUUUUUCUUCAUGUGAAACUUUACCCACAGAGCCCAGAAGUCGCCGGCCGUAGUCAGCGCAAGUUCUCCGGCAGGAAACAAAAUGUGGAUCACGGUGAGGAGGUUAUGGCUUGGAGCGGCGAUUUUGUGGAGUACGGUUUUGUGCAACACGAGUGGACUAGUGGUGAACACAGACGAUGAACACUCUGAAAUGUUACCAUCAACUCUGCCUGAUUUGGCGAUUGUAAACGAGAGGAGACAGAAUGUUAAUGGUGGGUCAUCAAUCGGAGGACCUAUACGGGGUGUAGAUCAGACAACUGAGACGGAUGAAGAAGCCUACAACCCAGAUGAUCUUUCGUGUAGAGAGCUGCGCUCCAAGCGAUAUAUCUCGGAUGGAUUUUGUACCAGUCCCAAGCCAGUUGCAGAGGUUAUCUGCGUUGGGGAGUGCGUGCCUAAUCAGCUGCUGGAAUGGGGGGCCGACUUUACCAAAAUCUGGUCACGCAGCAAGACGAAGGAAUGGCGAUGCGUGAACGAUGUGGUCCGCCAGAGAAGGGUGCACCUCGUGUGCGACGAGACAGGCGAACGGCGAACUUACCGCAUUAGUACCGUCAAGAGUUGCAAGUGCAAGAGGUUCAAUAAGCGGCAGAAUGAGUCAAGGUUGAACAAUGCCAAUGAGAACGCGAACGUGGAGCCACUCACCAAGGAAGAUAGGCGGAGGAACAGGCAACAGCAAAAAGAUAACGAGAGAAGCGAGAGAAGCAACCGGGAUAGAGACAAGUGAGUCGCUGAAGAAAAAAAAAAAGAGUUGGACCACAGCACAAUCUCGAAAUAAACUCUUCUCACAGACAUUUUUUUUAUGUGUCUAUAUUAUAAAUAUAUAAAUAUUUUUUUUUUUUAAGUCGGCCAAGCCGGCACUCUACUGCCCUCGUUGUGGACCAUCGCCCCGCCCCCCAGAACGGACUUCCCUUUGGCCACCACCAGUGAAGAACCACAUACAAACUGUAGUCGCACCACAUGCACUAAAACUCUCGGCAAGUUACCAGCACAGUGCUGGGUUGUGGUUAUAUACCCUGCAAGUUCUUACAAUCUGAUGAAGAAAGACCACACGUACUUAGAUACACACCCUGAGUAGUGUUUGUGAUUGUGUGUUUCGUCUUUGAAACCACCAACUUGAAACCAGAUACAAGAAUCUUCCUAGCGAUAUUGACGCGUUGUGUGGCAGUCUAAGCCAUGACACGAUGAGGCUACUAAACAUUGAUGCACUUCUACUGUGAGUUCGCACCCAGUACCUCAACGCACUCUCUACCACACUUGUUUGCAUGGAUCAUCAGAUGGUUAGCUUGUGUAUAGCCCACAAAACAAAACAAUCUGUGAUGACUGCAGUCAAAUCAAACAGCAUGAUGAAAACUACUAAUCUACUUUGUAUAUAAAGGUUUUUUUAUUAUUUUAUUUCUGGCGAACAGCAAAGUGUAUUCGUUGUCAAUUACUAUACAAAAUUGACAAAUUAUGGGCGGAUGAUUUGAUGUUUGUUUUUUUUCUCCUGUCUUGUAACAUAACACUGCCAUUUGAGGACAUGAUGACUGGACAUUGUGUAUAAAGUUUUAUAAUGAAGAAAAAAAGAAUAAUUAUAAAGGCAAGCGAACCCCCUCCACGGUUGUAGCUGUAUAGAUUCAUCCAUGCUGGAAGUCGCCAAGUUCACGGCCACACGAAGCUCAAGUGACACCAACUGCGCAUGCACAUCACCACGGCAAUGUACACUGUACAGAGAGGAGUGUAAGGUUUCUUCCGUCUACCAGACUCACUGACCUUUUUAUAUAUUGCAUGUAUAAUAAUCGCUGUCUGUUACCCGCCACGCUUGUACAAACGCCGAACUUUUGGUUGUAACUAGAGAUGCGACGCCAUUUUGUUUCUUGUUCACUUUCGAUGUUCCUACGAAUUGACAGUUUGUUGUUUCCUCGUCGUUGUGAAUGGGGACCGUUUGUUACCUUGGACAAUUUAUUGAAAGGAGCAACCGUUUGAACAAUGCACUGUAAGCAGGCCUGAUACUUCACGGAGGCAAGCAAUGAAGGCGAUUACCUCCAUGCCCUGGUGCCAUUGCCUUGGUGUCC